AUGUCUACCCCUAGAACAUCGACAUCAUCUCCGCGGUUUGCGCAGUUCAAACUGGUUUUGUUGGGCGAAUCAGCUGUAGGAAAGAGUUCUUUAGUGAACCGAUUUGCCAAAGAUCAGUUUGACGAUUUCCGAGAGUCGACCAUUGGAGCUGCUUUCUUGACCCAGACUGUUCAAGUGGACCCCAACACCAUUGUCAAGUUCGAGAUCUGGGACACUGCUGGCCAAGAGCGUUAUAAAUCACUGGCUCCAAUGUACUACCGCAAUGCCAACUGUGCGGUAGUCGUCUACGAUAUUACACAAUCGGCGUCGCUGACCCGAGCGAAGGCUUGGGUCAAGGAGUUGCAACACCAGGCCAAUGAAAAUAUCAUCAUUGCCCUUGCAGGAAACAAAUUCGAUUUACAAGAAUCUCGAGACGUCGACACUUCAGUGGCUGAAGCAUAUGCCAAAGAAGCAGGUCUGCUGUUUUUCGAGACCUCGGCCAAGACCGGCGAGAACGUCACGGAGCUGUUCACGGCUAUUGCCAAGAAACUGCCCAUCGAAUCGGUUCUCAACAGAUCCACCCGACCCUCGGGCCCCAAGGGCGUCGACCUCUCACGCUCGGCUCGCCAACCGUCCGGUGCCAACGGUGCUGGCGCCUGCAACUGUUAG